UGAAGGUUUACUAACAACUAGAAGCCACUGUCCAAUCCAACCCAAAUAUUUGUGAUGGGUUAUAAUUCGUUGUGGACAUUGGUCUCCAUACUAGUGGCUCUGUUCACUGUAUGUUCCUCUCUCAAUACAGGGAGCUUCUCAAUCGUGGGAUAUGAGCCCGAUGAUCUUCAAUCAGAGGAUGGUUGGUUGAGAUUGUUUGAAACAUGGCGUAGCAGACAUGGGAAAAUCUACCACAGUUUAGAGGAAAAAGCCAAGAGGUUGAACUUCUUCAAGAAGAAUGUGGAGUUUAUAGAGCUUCGUAACAGAAAUAGAAGUUCUAGGCAUUGGGUGGGGCUCAAUAAAUUUGCAGAUUGGAGUAAUGAGGAAUUCAGGGCUGUUUAUUCCAAGAGGAUCAAUAAUCCAAGGAGACCAUGGGCAACUCCAGAGGCCAAGAAAAGGGCUGAAUCUUGUGAUGUCCCUUCUUCCCUUGAUUGGAGGAAAAAGGGUGCCGUCACUGGAGUCAAGAAUCAAGGCGAUUGUGGAAGUUGUUGGUCCUUCUCAUCAACAGGAGCGAUCGAAGGAAUAAAUGAAAUAACUACGGGUGAUCUGAUAAGCUUAUCUGAGCAGGAGUUGGUAAGCUGUGAUUCAACCAACGAGGGGUGUGAUGGAGGCUAUAUGGACUAUGCCUUUGAGUGGGUUAUACAAAAUGGAGGUAUUGACACAGAGGCAGAUUACCCUUACACAGGCACAGAUAGCACUUGCCUCACUUCCAAGGAAGAAAAGAAAAUAGUGACAAUAGAUGGCUACACCGACGUGGCAGAAUCCGAUUCUGCACUACUCUGUGCCGCCGCUCAGCAGCCAAUCAGCGUCGGCAUUGACGGUUCGGCCUGGGACUUUCAGCUCUAUACUGGGGGGAUAUACGACGGAGACUGCUCGGACAACCCGGACGACAUCGACCACGCAGUGCUCAUUGUGGGGUAUUCGUCCGAAGAGGGCGAGGACUACUGGAUCGUGAAGAAUUCAUGGGGAACAGACUGGGGAUUAGACGGAUAUUUCUACCUUUUAAGAAACACAGACUUACCCUAUGGCGUCUGUGCUGUAAACGCCAUGGCCUCUUACCCCACCAAGGAGGGAACUUCGCCCGGCCCCCAACCAUCUCCCGCCGUCACGCCGCCGCCGCCGCCGCCGCCGCCGCCGCCUCCUCCUCCUCCACCGCCGAGCCCUGAGCCAGUCCAGUGUGGCGACUAUUCGUACUGUGCCUCUGACGAGACCUGCUGCUGUAUUUUUGAGCUGCUAGAUUAUUGUCUGAUUUAUGGAUGCUGCGAGCUUGAAAAUGCCGUAUGCUGCACAGGCACCGACUAUUGCUGUCCUGCUGAUUAUCCCAUCUGUGAUGUUGAUGAAGGCUUGUGCCUCCAGGGCGCUGGAGAUUUUCUGGGUGUGGAGAUGAAGAAAAAGAAGCGUGCUCAUUAUAAGCUGCCGUGGGAAAGACACGGGUUUGGAGAAGCUAAGGAGAAAAGUGCUCCUUCUCUGAAAUGGAGCCGCCAUGCAGUUCAGUAGAAAUUGAAAAGCAUAAAGGGCUGUUUUUUCAUCUGGAUUGAGUGCACAGUGCACUUCGUUUAAUUUCCCUGGGUUUUGGGAUUCGAAAUGUUUUGAAACAUUCUUCCCUUAUUUUUAAUUUAAAGAUUUCCUCUGUAUGUUUUUUUUCUCAUCCGUGAUCUUGCGGAGGUUUUGCAGCUUGAUAAAAAUCCACCCAAUUUUCGAAUUGAAGGAAUUUAAAAUC